CUCUUCCACGCAUGUCAAAUUACACGUGCAUAGCGCGGUUAUGAUGUUGUCCGCUGUAAACGUGUCUUAACAACCUAGAUUCGUACAAAUCCAGUUUGUGAAAGUUUGUUUCCGGUGACAUAUAUUAUUCCUAAAUGGGAGGCCUUCAAAAGAAAAAGUUUGAGAGGGGCUCUGCCACCAACUACAUCACCAGAAACAAAGCUCGGAAGAAACUUCAGCUGAGUCUGCCAGACUUCAGACGGUUGUGCAUCCUUAAAGGCAUCUACCCCCAUGAGCCCAAACACAAGAAGAAGGUGAACAAAGGCUCUACAGCUCCAAGGACCUUCUAUCUGGUCAAAGACAUCCGUUUUCUGCUGCAUGAGCCAAUUGUUGGCAAAUUCAGAGACUACAAGGUAUUUGUCCGGAAACUUAAGAAGGCUUAUGCAAAAACAGAAUAUUCUGAUGUGGAGAGACUGAAGGACAACAAGCCAACUUAUAAAUUGGACCACAUCAUCAAAGAGAGGUACCCCACCUUUAUUGAUGCUCUUCGUGACAUCGACGACGCUCUCUGCAUGUGCUUCCUCUUCUCCACUUUUGCCCGAACAGGAAAAUGCCAUGUGCAGACAAUCCAGUUGUGCAGACGUCUCACUGUGGAGUGGAUGAACUAUGUGAUUGCAUCUCGUUCUCUUAAAAAGGUUUUCCUCUCCAUCAAGGGAAUAUAUUAUCAGGCAGAGGUGAUGGGACAGUUGAUUACAUGGCUCGUGCCAUACCAGUUCUCCCAUGAUCACCCUACAGAUGUUGAUUACAGAGUAAUGGCAACAUUCACAGAGUUGUACACCACCCUCCUUGGCUUUGUCAACUUCAGACUCUACCAUUCCCUCAACCUGGUUUACCCACCAAAGAUGGAUAGUAAAUCAGACCUGGAGCUGAAAGGAGAGGAUGAAGAGGACUAUGCUAUGGAUUCAGAGAGCUACCUAGAGAAACUGUCGGCCCUGAGUACGAGUCUGGCCCGGGUGUUCUCUUCAGUGGAGGAUGAGGAAGCUCAACUGGACCAGUUUCCAGUUGAAGGGGAGGACAUGGAAAACAUGGAGGCUCGAGAAAAAGAACAGAAACAACAGGAAACUCAAACAAAACUUUUUGAGGGAUUGAAGUUCUUCCUCAACAGAGAAGUGCCCAGAGAGUCGCUGGCUUUCAUCAUCAGGUGUUUUGGUGGUCAGGUUUCUUGGGACAAGUCGGUUUGCAUUGGGAGCACAUAUGAUGCAACAGAUGAAACUAUCACACAUCAAAUUGUUGACAGACCAAACAUUGACAAACAGUACAUCAGCAGGUACUACAUCCAGCCUCAGUGGGUGUUUGAUUGUGUCAAUGCCAAAAUACUGUUACCUGUGGAGGACUACUUCAUGGGAGUGACUCUGCCACCCCAUCUCUCUCCCUUCGUGGAGGAGAAGGAGGGAGACUACGUGCCCCCAGAGAAACUGAAAGUCAUGGCCUUGCAACAAGGAAAGAAACCUGCUGAAGAACAGGAAGAAGAAGAUGAGGACGAGGAAGAUGAAGAGGGUGAAGAUGAAGAAGAGGAAGAUGACAACGAUGAUGAUGAAGAGGAUGAAGAGGAAGAGGCAGAAGAGAAGAGCCUUAAGAAGAUGGAAGAGCAGAGAUCCCAGGGCAAGUCUCUGCAAGUGAAAGUGACGCCUGGAAAAGUAAAGGUGGAAAAUCCAGCUCGCUUGGAACAGGAGCAGAAAGCUGAGGAGAAACGACUGGCCAUCAUGAUGAUGAAGAAAAAGGAGAAAUACCUCUAUGAUAAGAUCAUGUUUGGAAAGAAAAGGAAAAUCCGAGAGGCCAACAAGCUGGCUGCCAAGAGGAAGGCCUAUGAUGAUGCUGAAAAAGCAAAGAAGAAAAAAGCCAGAAAAUGAUUCAUUUGAUGUAUUCCUCUCCUUCAGACUGACUUUAUGUAUUUAACUUCAUACUGAAUGCGUUUCAGGUCAUAAAUCCUGUCAGUGCAUUUCAGAGCACAUUCAGAUGGUCCUAUGCUUUGUCCAUGUGGAAUAUGGUCAAUGUGCUAAUGUGAAAGUGAUUGCUUGUCAUUUGCUUUGUAUUAAAUUUACUGUUCUAAAUUACACAAUCCAUGUGUCUUAUACUGAAGUCUGUAUUUGGUGUGUAUUUUCAGUAAACUGUUUCUAUAGUUCUU